AUGGAGUGCUUAUCUUCUCGUCAAAGCUCUGUUAAACAAAUACACAAAGCCCUCCCUCCUGCAUCCAAUCAACCAUCACCUGACCACUGCCACCUCCAAGCCUCCCAUAAGCAGUGGUUGUGGUUUGUGAGUCGAGUAGAGAGAGAGAAAAAAGAAGGAUGCAUCCCUCUCAGCAAUCUCUGGAAAUUCCUCUGGGCCCCUGAUGUCUCUUCCACCCCACCUCCUCUGGCCUCCCCCCCUCUCGCGGAGCCUAAACAACAAACCUCUUCUUCAUCUUUAUCCCAUUACAUAAACACUCCAGGAAAGGGAAGAAGAGGUCUAUUUUUUUUCCCUGACAUUUCUAUUACUUUGACUCCAGCGCCAACUCUUCAACUGAUCUUUCUUUCACCUUUGCAAAAAUCACAAAAAAAAAUUCCUGGCUUCCUACCCAACCCAGCUUAUUCCUCCUUGACCUCUCCCCAGACCCUGCCGUUCCAGGUACUUGGGGAUGGAAUCAAAGGGUAG